UCCGGCUUCUUUUUUUAAAUUCACUCAGUCAAUGUGUAACAAGUAUGCUCCAUCUUCAGAUUUUGGCAGUUGUGUUUUCUCUAAUCCCAAUUUUCUUCUUCGUUCUCGCGAUCACACCUAGUACUUUUUUCGGUGAGCAUUGUCGGAGAUAUGGUGAUCCUACCUUCAACUCCAAAAACACCAGCAGUGACCGUCGCCCAUCCACUUGCGGGGGCACCGACAUCAAUUUAAAGUGCCCGUUUCAAUUUAGUGGUGAUGAUUUGUGCCCUGAACAUGAUGUUAUUGAAUUCUCUUGUGAAAACAAUCGCAGUGUUCUAUCCUUGAGUGUUGGUUCCUAUCCGGAGAUGCAACAGUAUAACUUUUCUGUGGAGCUAAACAGUAUUGAUUAUGAGCAACGGACACUUCGUAUAUUUGAUCCUGGGGUGCAAAAGAACAACUGUUCUACUCUGCCAGUCAACCCAUUAAGUCCAGACGACGACUACUAUCAACCUGAUGCGGGUUAUGAGAUGGAGAUUGAUCCUGAUACUGGUUCGUUGGUCUUUGUGAGCUGUAAAAAUCCUGUGAAAUCGAAAUAUCAUCCUCUUUACGUAGACACUGCUUGCUGUAAUGUCACUGCAAAUCAUUUUUCAAAAAUGAAAGCUCCACCCGGUUAUUAUAGCUAUGUUGUGGUUGGUGAAAGCGUGGUGGCAUCUGAUAUUGAAGAGUCGUGCACCAUCUAUAAGACAGCUGCUGUAGACCUGCGGUGUCUCCCUAAUGUAACAGCAGGAGACAUUUCGUUUCAAGACAUCCACAAUCUUCUGUCUAAUGGCCAUGAGCUCAAAUGGCACGGAGGCCUGGAGAUCAGGAGAUCCCUUUUCUGCGAUGGAGCUCUCAUAUUGGUAAUGUCCCAAAUGGACGUGAGUAAUUUUAUUUCUUUGAUUUAUAGAAAAACCAUUUUUUAAUCAAUCCGAUUCUUUCUAUUUCAAUAUUUCCAUUACAAUCCUUUAACUUUUCUUUUAUAAGCAGAUCACUUUAAUAUUGGUGGGUUAAUUUCGGGUAAGGCAUCUGAUUUAUAGUUGAAAAGACGUACAGUAGAAGUCAAUCUUAGCUAAGUCUUAUUGUUCUCUUCUUCUAUUUUAGUUCUGCUUAUUGCAGCAAAACAUGUCAUUGGCAUUAUCCUCUUGUUUGCUUUCCUCCUUUAUCGGUGUCAUCGCAGGCAUUUAUCGAGGUAUGAUACAAUAGAAGAUUUCCUACAAAGAAACAACAGCCUCAUGCCCAUUAGGUACUCAUACAAAGAAAUAAAGACGAUGACAAAAAAUUUUGAGGAGAAACUAGGUGAAGGAGGCUAUGGUUUGGUUUACAAAGGCAAAUUGCACAGUGGAGGGGCAGUUGCUGUCAAGAUGCUGAACAAAUCAAAAGCUAAUGGCCAAGAAUUCAUCAAUGAAGUUGCGACUAUUGGAAGAAUACACCAUGUGAACGUGGUUCAGUUAGUGGGAUUUUGUGUUACUGCCUCAAAACAUGCUCUAGUGUAUGAUUACAUGCCAAAUGGCUCUCUGGACAAGUUAAUUUUCUCAAAUUGUUAGAAUGGUUCUCCAUUGAGUUGGAAACUAGUUUGUGAGAUUGCAAAGGGGAUUGCUCGUGGCAUUGAAAACUUGCAUCAGGGGUGUGAUAUGCAAAUUCUGCAUUUUGAUAUUAAGCCGCAUAACGUUUUACUCGAUCACAACUUUAUUCCAAAAGUUUUGGACUUUGGACUUGCAAAACUUUACCCGAUGCAAAAGAGUAUUGCAACUCUUACUGCUGUGAGAGGAACCUUAGGUUACAUGGCCCCGGAGUUGUUCUAUAAAAAGAUUGGAAGAGUCUCACAUAAGACAGACGUUUACAGCUAUGGAAUGUUACUAAUGGAGAUGGCAGGAAGGAGGAGAAAUGUGAAUGCACAUGCUGAGCAUUCUAGUCAAAUAUACUUCCCUUCAUGGAUAUAUGACAAAUUCGAUCAGGUGGAGGAAAUGGAAAUCGGCGAUCAUGCAACUGAAGAAGAAAAGACAAUUACAAGAAAAUUGAUUUUGAUUGCCUUGUGGUGUAUACAGAUGACACCUGAGGAUCGUCCUUCAAUGAGAGAAGUCUUAGAAAUGCUUGAAGGUGAUGCUAUUGGCCUAAAGUUACCUCCUAAACCGUUGUUUUACCCUCCGGAUUCACCCAUAUCCAUGCAAAGAAGCAGUAAUAGUUGUUCUUCUGACGAGUCAACAGCGCCCCUGUGUAGCUUUGUUGCUCUAGAAAUAGAGCAGAUGGAUGACUAAGUAGAACUCAUGCUUUCAGUGAAAUCUUUGUCUAGUGGAUUUGGAUUUGUCUUUCAAACUCUUAAAUAUGCCACCUAGUACCAGAUAACAUGGCAAACUGAAAUAUCAGUUUGGUAUCAAUAAACUGAAGGGUAGCACCUUGAUAUAAGCUU